AUGCAAAAUGGAAGGUCACUUGAUGAUUUCCUAAUGAUGCCAAAGCCUGAAUGUAGUAUUAACUAUGAUAACGUCAACAACUUGAUGAUGGAAGGAUUAAGUUUUGAUAUUGAGUUGUACAUUUCUAAGAGAUACAGAUUUGAGCAACAAUUAACAGUAGAACAAAGAGAGAUUUAUGAAAAAAUCCUGUCUACAAUGAACUCAAAAGAAGGUUCAUUCUUUUUUGUUUAUGGUUUUGGAGGGACUGGGAAGACUUUUUUAUGGAAUGCUCUCACUGCAUUCAUAAGGUCCCAAAAAAGGAUUGUCUUGAAUGUUGCUUCCAGUGGGAUUGCAACAACAUUACUACCUUCUGGAAGAACAGCCCACUCUCAGUUUUGUAUUCCCAUAAAUGUAACUGAAGACUCCACUUGCAAUAUUGUGCAUGGAUCAUCUAUUGCAACACUUAUACAAAAUACUAAUUUAAUUGUGUGGGAUGAAGCUCCUAUGGUUAAGAAGCAUUGUGUUGAAGCAUUUAAUAGAACUAUAAAAGAUAUAAUGCAUGAUGACAGAAUUUUUGGAGGAAAGGUUGUGGUCUUUGGAGGUGAGGCUAUUACAUACUUCAGUUCAGAUUCAGUAUGUAAGACUGACUACAGCUCAGAUUCAUUUGACGACAUCUAUGAUACUGAAUUCCUCAAUACAAUUGAAGGUUCAAGAUUGGCUUCUCAUAAAUUGACUCUUAAAGUAGGAGUUCCUAUCAUGCUAAUGCGAAAUAUUGAUCAAGCUAAUGGACUAUGCAAUGGAACAAGACUUCGUGUUACUUUGUUGAGAGACCACUUUAUAAAGGGAAUCAUACUUAAUGGAUCAAAGCCUGGGGAAGAAGUCUACAUUCAUCAAAUGGAUUUGAAUCCUUAUGAAUGCAAUCUACCAUUUCAAAUGAAGAGGAGAUAG